UAAGGUGAACAGUAAGGUGCAGGGUGGUGAGGCAGGAAGAAAGAAAGUGGUGAAGUUUGGUAGAGAAAUAAGACAAAACCGUUCUGUAUUAGGGCUGUUUUAUUAGUGUAUGUGUAUGCAUGAGUUCUGCAUCGAAUGGGCGCAAGAACCGCCCCAGAUCCUCCGGGAACAUCUUCCAGAUUGGGAAGCCUCCUUGCCGAGACCCACAGAGGAGGGAGAGUACCGAAAGUACCCGCAAAGCCCAACGCGCCGUGGCCGACUGCAGAAUGAUCGUCCAAGAAUUCAAUACGCUUGUGGCUCUGUACCGUGAGCUGGUCAUCUCCAUUGGCGAAAUCACUGUGGACUGUCCUUCCUUACGGGCCGAAAUGUUGAAGACCCGAACUAAAGGCUGCGAAAUGGCGAGAGCGGCACACCACAGUCUCUCCUUGAUAUCGGGGCCGGAGGAUGGGGAGAUCCACCCUGAGAUCUGUAGGCUAUUCAUCCAGCUGCAGUGCUGUCUGGAGAUGUACAUCACAGAGAUGCUCAAAUCUGUCUGCUUACUAGGGUCCCUGCAGCUCCACAGGAAAGGUAAGGAUUCUUGUGGCCCUACCGGGGUCGACAGUAAGAUAGAGGAGAGCUCAGAUAUCCCGAUCCUGGAGGACACCUCUUCCUCCCCCACUGACUUUCCUCAGCUCUGCUGGCUGGUGGCCAAUGACAUAGAAAACAUAGAAAGGGAUAUGAGGGAGAUGAAGAACCUUCUCAGUAAACUCAGGGAGACAAUGCCUUUACCAUUGAAGAACCAAGAUGACAGCAGUUUGCUGAACCUGACUCCCUACCCACUGGUCCGACAGAGGAAGAGGAGGUUCUUUGGGCUCUGUUGCCUGGUAACCAGCUAAGGGCCCCGCCUUCGUGGGUAGGAGGCGGCAACAAAGACACCAUUACCCACUGUCCUUCACCACUUGUGUCUCCCACCAAUCUAUUACUGCCAUUUUCAAAUAAAUUGCCUCUUUCUCUUUUUUUUAAAGGCUGUCCAUUUUA